AUGGACCCUCCUAAUAAGAAGCGGAGGUUAGCUCCGAAAGUGGACGCUCCUCCUGCAUCAGCUCCCAUCAAUCCUCCGAGUGCGCCCGUCUUGGUUGAGACACUGCUCCCCGCCCGAGUUGAAUUUGAGCGCUUCGCCCGUCACCUCCAAGAUGCAGCUAUGCUCAUCCAGCGAUCCGCGGAACGGUCGCCAUACACCUCGGUCUCCGUGCUGCUCUUGAGAUGGGAGGAAGACACCACUGUCGAAUCGGACUUGGUUUCGCUCGAGAAAGUUUUCCGGGAACAAUAUCACUACCGAACUGAACGGUGGCACAUUCCCACGGUGCCCAACCCCAGCAUCAAAUUAGGGGUGCAGAUGGCAUCCUUCCUCGACAAUGCGAGACCAGAUCACCUUCUCAUAAUCUACUAUGCCGGUCACGGUUACCUCGGUGGAGAUAAUCAACUAUACUGGGCUAGUAAUAAUCGAGAUGAUGCCGCCCGUCUGAAAUGGCAUGGCGUUCGUUGCCUUUUUGAAGAUGCCCAGUCCGACAUCCUUCUCUUCCUCGACACUUGCUCUGUGCCAGAUGUACCUCUAACAGGGAGCCAUGGACUUAAACAGGCAAUUGCUGCGUGGGGUCCCGAACAAAAAGGAAGAGACCCUAGGGAGCGUACUUUCACAGCCGUCUUGGCCGACUGCCUGCAAAAGCUCGGUGGUAUGAAGAACUCAUUUACUGUACAGUCGCUCUACGAUGCCGUUCUUGCCCAAAGAGAAGCGGAAUCGGUGACCUUGACAAACGGCUCGGGCAAGCCUCUCUCACCAUCACAAAUACCCAUCUCCUUCAAUAUCACACCUGGAAGAGGCCGGAGCAUAACACUGGCUCCAUCCCUGCCGACCACCACAGCUCCGCCAAAUAACCAAGGACCCUCGCCGCACAAGCCGAUUGACGGAGCCGACACCGAGCUGUCAAAGACGCAGGAUCAGACGAUUUCCCCGCAAUCAGUGCACGGUCUUCUCUUUGACGAAUCUAGGGUUCUUGCCUGCACGACGUUUGUUGGCGAGGCAAGUCCCGACAUGGCGUAUUUCAACAAAUGGCUGGAGGAUACGCCCGCCAUCGCCGACAAGGUUGCCGUAGAGGCCAUGUUCUUCGGGCCACCGACGAUGCUGCUGAUAUCCAUGGCGCUCCCUAUAUGGGAAGUUGUAAAGCAUGACAAAGUGUGCAUUUUUCUCGGAUACAUCGGAUCACACAACUUCGUACAUCUCUACCAACGCCUCAUCGGAUUCUCAGGGGCGCGGCAAUCCGGUCGAGCCUCGGCGAAGGAGGUGGAACACGGUCGGAUCCUUCUCGAAGCUCGGGAGGCUGCGGCGAGUGUGAAGCGUUCUAGACAAGAUGCAGAGGCAGCUGAUGGCGUCUUUCGGGGCCGGCCUGACCGUGAUGUCAGCGUGAUUGACGGUACACCCACAACGGGGUCGCAGGUUAGCCCAUACGGCCCCGGCAGAUAUCCACCGCGGCCGGGCGUCAAGGACGAAGGGGAGGACUCGGCUGAGAUGAAGGAAGCAGCCGAACAGCUCAAAGCGCUCAGCCAUAUUCGUCAUUUGAGUAAUGACACACCUUCCAAGCCUCAGAGGUCUUCCCUCCCCGAUAGGGCUCCCGACCGCCACGGAGACUCUGGAGUGAAUGGCAACAGCUUGGAGAGGCACGGCUUAGAGUACAGCACACCCAACAAGAAGCAUGGCCGAAGGUCGAUACCGAAACAGACCCCGAAGCACGAGACACGUUGCAAUCUCUGCAGCCAUGCACCGUUCAAGGACUCAUCAUCGCUUCGGAAGCAUAUUGCGGCUGCGCACACGCGACCAUUCCCAUGCGCGUUCUCAUUUGCGGGAUGCGAAAGCACGUUCGGUUCCAAGAACGAGUGGAAGCGGCAUAUCACCUCGCAGCACCUCUGCCUCCAGUAUUAUCGCUGCUCCGCCUGUCCGACUUCGACUGCCGAAGGCAAGUACAACGAGUUUAACCGGAAAGACUUGUUCACUCAACACUUGCGCCGCAUGCAUGCCCCGUUCGCCAUUAAGAAGUCGCUGAGCAUGGUCGACAACAAAACGCUAGCGGAGUGGGAGAGUCGUGUCAAGGAGAUGCAGCAGUCGUGUCUCGUCCAGCGCCGACACCCGCCGCAACUUUCGGCCUGCCCCAAGUCGGAUUGCCAAAGCGUCUUUGAGGGCCCCGGGUCCUGGGAUGAAUGGACCGAACACGUUGGCCGCCACAUGGAGAAAAACGAAGGGCAGCGGCUGGGCGUGGACCGCCACCUUGCUAAAUGGGCUUUGGAAGAGGGUAUUAUCGAACGCGACGAGAGGGGAGAAUACAGGCUCGUGCAGGAGAAUUUUACGGGAAAUCGUGCGCAGGAGCAAACGAAGGAUUCGAUAUCGGUCUCCCAUCCAGACACCCUUGUGAGGGAUACCAGCGGAACUGCCGCGUCCAGCGGGGCUAACUCGGGUAGUGGUGAUGUUGACAGCGGUAGUAGUGGCGCCGCGGCUGCUGAAAGCGCAACGAAGACGCCUAGCAACGGGAACGAGGGCGAUAAGAUGGAGGUUGACGAACAGUAG